AUGAAUUUUGUUCAGUUUUUUAUUUUAUUAUCAUGCUCUUCUUCAUUUUUUCUUCAUCAUCAUCAUGAAUUUUUUCUUUUUCUUUCAUCACUGUCUUUUUCUUCAUUUCAUCAUCAUCACUAUAAAAUUUCUUCUGCUUUAUUUCUUCUCUGUUUUCAUUUUCAUUUACUUUUUACCUUCCCUUCUUUUAUCAUCAUCAUCAUAAUUGUUGGUUUUCUCCUUCAUUUUUUACAUUUGUCAUCAGUGUGUUGUUUUUGUUUCAAUUCUUUAUUAUUGUCAUCAUUCUUGAUUUUCUUCUUCAGUUUUUCAUUAUCAUUGUGUUCUUUUUCUUCCAUUCUUCAUCAUCAUCAUUAUCAUCAUAAAUUAUUUUCUCUUUCAAUUUCUUUUUCAUUAUUAUUAGCAUUUUCUUCUUUACAUUCUAUUUUUUAUCAUCAUUAUUAUCAUGGAUUUUAUUCUUCAAUUCUUACUUUUAUUAUCAUAUCCCAUUUCAUUUAUGACUUGUUUCUUUUUCUUUCUUUUUUCACUCAUAUUGCAAUCAUUGUUUUCUUUAUUCUUUUAAUAACUUUCCCCAUCUUCUUCAAUUGUUUUCAUCAACAUCCUCUUUUUUCUUUUCCAUUCUUUUUUGUUUAUCUUCUUCAUAAUUCUAUUCCUUCUCUCAUUUAUUUCUUUUCUCUGCCUCUCUUUCUUUCUUUCUUUCUUUCUUUCUUUCUUUCUUAUUCUUUCUCCCUUUCUUUGUUUCUACCUCUCUAUGUCAAUCUUUUUUCUUUCUCUCUCCCUUUCUUUAUUUCUCUUUCUUUCUAUCUCUCUCUGUCACAAUUUAUCUCUGUUUUUCUCUCUUUAUUUCUGUUGUUUCCUCUUUCUUUCUUUCUUUCUUUCUUUCUUUCUUUUUCUGUCUGUCUGUCUCUCACUCUUUCUUCCUUACUCUUUGUCUUUGUUUCUCUUUGUCCUUUUGUCUUUGUCUGUCUCUCUCACUCUUUCUCUCUUUCUCUUUCUCUCUCUCUCACCCUCUCUCUCUCUCUCUGUUUUAUCUUUGUUUCUCCUGUUCUCUAA